AUGUCUAACUCUCUGGACCAACUCAAGAACACUGGCACCGUUGUCGUCUGCGACUCCGGUGACUUUGCCACCAUCGACAAGUACAAGCCUCAAGAUGCCACCACCAACCCCUCGCUCAUUCUCGCUGCCUCCAAGAAGGCCGAGUACGCAAAGCUGAUCGAUGAGGCCACCGCAUUCGCCAAGAAGAACGCAAACGGCAAGAGCGUCGACGACCAGGUCGAUGCUGCUCUGGACAGCCUCCUCGUCGAGUUCGGCAAGGAGAUUCUCAAGAUCGUUCCCGGCAAGGUCUCCACUGAGGUCGACGCCCGUUUCUCUUUCGACACCAAGGCUUCUGUUGAGAAGGCCCUCCACAUCAUUGACCUCUACAAGCAACAAGGUAUCGGCAAGGAGCGUGUCCUUAUCAAGAUCGCCUCGACAUGGGAGGGUAUCAAGGCCGCCGAGAUCCUGCAGCGCGACCAUGGCAUCAACUGCAACCUGACUCUCAUGUUCUCUUUGGUGCAGGCCAUCGCCGCCGCUGAGGCCGGUGCCUUCCUUAUCUCUCCCUUCGUCGGCCGUAUCCUCGACUGGUACAAGGCCUCCACCAAGAAGGACUACUCCAAGGAGGAGGACCCUGGUGUCAAGUCUGUCCAGGCCAUCUUCAACUACUACAAGAAGUACGGCUACAAGACCAUCGUCAUGGGCGCCUCCUUCCGUAACGUCGGCGAGAUCACUGAGCUUGCUGGCUGCGACUACCUCACCAUCUCCCCUAACCUGCUCGAGGAGCUCCUCAACAGCACCGCCGAUGUGCCCAAGAAGCUCGACGCCAAGGAUGCCAACAACCUCGACAUCGAGAAGAAGGCCUACAUCAAGGACGAGCCUCUCUUCCGCUUCGACUUCAACGAGGAGCAGAUGGCUGUCGAGAAGCUGCGUGAGGGUAUCAGCAAGUUCGCUGCUGAUGCUGAAACCCUCAAGGACAUCCUCAAGAAGAAGAUUGAGGCAUAA